AACUGUUACAAAUCAAGAAACCUUCACUGUAGACGAUGCGCUGGAGGCCAUCGGUUUUGGGAUCUUUCAGUGGAAAAUUUCUCUUGUCACUGGACUGGCAUGGGUCGGGGAUGCCAUGGAGAUGAUGAUCCUCAGCAUCCUGGGACCCCAGCUGCACUGCGAGUGGAGGCUACCAGACUACCAAAUGGCCCUCAUAACAUCCAUUGUGUUUAUCGGGAUGGGUUUUGGUUCGCCUAUGUGGGGAAAUGUGUCCGACAAGUAUGGCAGAAAAACAGGUUUGACACUUUGUAUGUGCUGGACUGUGUACUACGGCCUGCUGAGUGCCUUCAGUCCAGUCUACGGGUGGCUUUUAGCUCUUCGGGGCUUUGUAGGUUUUGGCAUCGGAGGAGCCCCUCAGUCAAUGACGCUGUACUCUGAGUUCCUCCCGAUGAAAGCGAGGGGCCUCUGCAUUAUGCUGAUUUCGGCUUUCUGGGCAAUCGGUGCCGUGUUCGAGGUCCUCCUGGCCCUGUGGAUUAUGCCCACUCUGGGCUGGAGGUGGCUGCUUGGCCUGUCUGCCAUACCAGUCGGAAUAUUUGUUUGUUUCUGCUUUUGGCUGCCUGAAAGUCCACGUUUCGACGUGCUGUCYGGACGGAGGGAAAAGGCCAUGGCAACAUUAACACGCAUCGCUGCAGAGAACGGCAAGACGAUGCCUCGGGGAACUCUGACUGAAUAUAAACAGCAUGUCCGUGGACGGGUCAAAGAUCUCUUCACUCCUCAGUACCGGACAACUACACUUCUUCUGUGGUUUAUAUGGUUUACGAAUGCCUUCUCCUACUAUGGGAUUGUCCUGUUGACAACGGAGCUAUUCCAAGCAGGAGAUUCAUGUGGUGUUUCCCAAGGGGCCAAGAUUGAGCCAAGGUGCAACCUUGAAUGUAAAUAUUUAACAUCAGAUGACUACAAAGAUCUGUUGUGGACAACUUUGGCUGAGUUCCCAGGUCUUUUAAUCAUCCUUUUCGCRGUUGAUUACCUCGGCAGGAAGAAAAGCAUGGCAAUUUGUUUCUUCAUGUUUUCYUUGUUUGUUCUACCUUUGUUUGCCUGUGUAGGGAGGGUCGCCCUCACAAUCUUCAUCUUCAUUUCCAGAGCCUUCAUCUCUGGAGGAUAUCAAGUUGUUUUUGUUUACACACCAGAGGUGUUCCCUACAGAAAUCCGAGCUUUAGCAAUGGGAACUUCGAGUGCAGUAGCGAAGAUUGGAGCCCUGAUUACACCUUUUGUGGCUCAGGUGAUGCUCAGGACAUCAGUGUAUUUGACUCUGUCGGUGUACUGUGGCUGCAGUCUGCUGGCUGCUAUUGCAUCUUUGAUUCUGCCCAUUGAGACGGUGGGCAGGAGUCUGCAGGAGUCCAGCCUGGAGCAUGAGGUUGGAGGGCAGACGAUCUCUUCAACCAGGCAGUCAGUUGACACAGCAGAGUCUGCGGGCCAGUGAUGGGUCUAUAACAAGCAGCGAAAAGGAAGUCAUAUUUUGUCCAAGCCUCCUCAGGAUUCAGUUCUGUAACGAUGGUCCGAAUCAUCUGGAUGAUGAUGAUGAUGAUGAUGAUGAUGAUGAUGAUGAUGAUGAUGAUGAUGAUGAUGAUGAUGGGUGAAGAGGACCAGAGGAACAAAAUCAUUCCAGGCAGGGAAGAAAAACUAAAACCCGAUGCUCCACGUUUAAUCACAAAUGAAGGAUCUUUCUUCUUGAAUCGUUUUUUUUUUUUACCCUCCAUUAUGUUUUGGUCAUAAAAUUGUGACCUUUUGAGAAAUGGUUUUGCACAUUUUGCACAGAAGACAUUUUAAAACCUGGACCUCAAAAYAUGAAACAUUUUCAUGUUGAUUAAAAAAUAAUUUCAUGUGCUUUUUUCAGAAAUGAAGCUGUGUAUUUUUCUAAGCAAAUAAUCUCAGUYUUUUAUUGUUUUAUAGGUUUUAUUCAUGGGCUUAUGAAACUCAGCCCUCUAAAAGAGAUUUUGUUUUUCAUGUUUUGAGGCUUUUGUCGUUGUUUUGACUGGAUGAGAUCAUUUGUAUCAGACAAACAAUAAACCUCACAGAUAAUAGGGGUGCACCAAAAAAAUCA